AUGUUGGGGGAGAGGGGGGUUGAUGAGGGCUCCGAUGAGUUUGAAAAUGGUGGGGACGAAGGAGAGCUGGAUAAGGUUGAUGUAAACCAAUGGUUAACGUAUGGGUAUCAUGCGUCUCAAUUCUGCGCUCUUCUAUUCUCUAGCUACUUGAAGCGCUGGUAUCAGCCAUAUCCGCUGCGUAGCUAA